UCACUCAUGGAUUUUUGAACAUACACAGUAUCCCACAUCCUCACUUCGAGGGUUAUAAUUACAAUAGAGGCAGAACAACAGCUUUGGGUUAUAUAUAAAAUUUAAAAUGAUAUGUAGUCAUGUGUAAAUACUAAUGUAUAAUGUGUGCCAUUACAGGAAAAUGUCCCUGCUUGUGAUGGAAUAUCAGCAUCUAGGAUGAUGGACCAAAGCUUGUCAGUGCUAAUCACAGAGUAUGAUAAACACUUGGAAGAAAUGAGAGAACAGCUGCAGCUUUAUGAGGUACAAAUGAGUGAGAUGAGACUAAAAUUUGAACAAGUUGCCAAGGAAAAUGAAAGGCUGCAUGCAGAGUUGAAAGAGGGUCUUGAGAAGCAACUGCAAGCUAUUCCUUUCAUGCCUCUGGGAAACGAUAUUCCUGCAGAUGAAGACAUAGUGAAAAACCUUCAAGAACAACUAUGGCUGUUGACUGAAGAAAAAGAAGUAGCAACAAAGGUCUGUCAGAUGACGUCACAGGAGCGCGAUCGACUCCAACAGCAGUACCAGGAAUACAUGACUGAAAUGCAGGUUCACAUGGCUGAAAGGCAAAAGCAGAAAAAUCAACUGGCUCUCUUUCAACAAUUGACUCAGCAACUGCGUAUAGACAAAGAGAAAACAGAGUUGAGCAAUCAAGAGCUUCUGAAAACUGUAGCAGAACAGAAUGUGCAACUAGAGCAGCUACGAAAGCAACUGAGGCAAGCCAAAAUAGAUGGGCAGACAGCAAUUGCUAAGGUUGAUGAAAUGACCAAGUUGACAGAGAAGCUUCAAGGCCGAUUGAAAAGAAAGGAAGAGGAUGUGGUGUCUGCCCUGCAAAGAGAAACAGCAUCUGACAAACGCUUGCAGCAGAUGCAGUCAGGCAUAAAACAGUUGGAAACAAGAUUAUGUGUUACUGUUGAAAACGCUGAACUGCUGAGAACAGAACGAACAGCCCUGGAGAAAAAAAUUGGAGAGCUUCAGACACGGUGUGCUAAUCUAGAAAGGGAGAAGUAUGAUGCUGUUGCAAAAGUCCAGGAUUGCAUACAGCUCUUGGAAGAAGCUAACCUACAAAAAAGUGAGGCACUCUUUAGGGAGAAACAAAAGGAAGAGGAAAUAAAAAAAAUGAAAGAUGAAAUGUCUCAACUUGUAGAAGAUACUGCGGCAGGAAUUAGAAAGGCAGUAGACUCUGCAAAGAAGCAAUACAAUGUUCAGACUUCUCGACUAACAGAAGAACUUUCAGCUCUUCAGAUGGAAUGUGGAGAAAAACAGAGUCAAAUUGAACGAGCCAUUAGAGAAAAGAGAGCAGUAGAAGAAGAACUUGAAAAGAUUUACAGGGAAGACAGAGGACGAGAAUUUGACAGCAGAAAACUAGAGCAACUGCAUCAGAAAUAUUUACUUGCAGAAAGUGCCAAAGGCGACCUUCAGCUCAGUCUCCAGACAACACAAAAUAAAUUGAGACAACUAGAAAUGAACUCUGAGGAAGAGAAAUCUCGUUGCCAGGAAGCUAUCUGUAAAUUGCAAAGCAUUCUGGAUUCAGAAAGAGAAAACUGUGCUAUUGUCAGUGAACAAAGGCUAAAACUUCAGCAAGAGAAUGAACAAUUGCAAAAAGAAAUGGAGGGCUUGAGAAGGCAGGCCAUAGAGGCUCAACAAAAAGCUAAAAUAAAGAUAAGCACAAUGGAGCAUGAGCACGCUCUGAAAGAACGUGGGUAUGAAGCUCAGCUUAAGGAAAUGGAAGACACCAGUCAGAAGUCUACUGCUGAACUGAGACGCCUGUUAGUAGCACAGCAAAAAGCAACAAACCGGUGGAAGGAAGAAACAAAAAGUCUUACUGAAACUGCAGAAGUCAGGAUCAGUAAGCUAAAAAGUGAGCUGAGUCAACAAAAACUUCGUAGCCAGGAGCUCAUUUCUCAGCUGGAAAUGGCAAAUGAAAAGGUAACUGAGGAUGAAAAAUUAAUGAUGGAAUGUCGAGAAUACAUCAACAGGCUGCAAAGGCGACUGAGCCAGGCAGAACAGAGGGCAACUACAGCAUCUCAAAAGCUCAGCUUGAUAACUGCACAGAAGAAAAAAGCUGCUUCCCUGAAGUAUAUGGAAAAUACUUAGACACAUGCGUUGUUCACUUACUCUGUUGGAGUUGAGAAGAUUGCUGGAGAAACUUCAUAUCGGAACAUUAGAGUCAUACAUGGCAAGGCUUGUAAAACCUAAGAUAGACGUUUUCUGGUUUAUUCAGGUAAGAAAGGAGUGGAUGAAGUGGUGCCAGGUAAUGAUAGGACUAGGGGGAAUGGAAAAAAAUAGAAAUGGGUAGAUUCAGAUUGGAUGUUAGGAAGUUCUUCACCAUGAGGGUGGUGAGGCACUGGAACAGGUUGCCCAGGGAAGGUGUAGAAGCCCUAUCCCUGGAGGUUUUUAAGGCCAGGCUGGCUGUGGCUGUGAGCAACCUGAUCUAGUGUGAGGUGUUCCUGCCCAUGGCAGGGGCGUUGGAACUAGAUGAUCCUUGAGGUCCCUUCCAACCCUAACAAUUCUAUGAUUCUAAUAUACUCUGUACUGAUAGUAAAGAAUGGAAGAAGACUGCAGAAUGUUGUAAUUAAUGUCCUCUUAAUGUAGCAGAUGAAACAAUCUGAUUCACUGCUGUGGCUGCUGAUGGGCUUUGGUCUAGAAAGCACCAGCUCCAGCUGUGACAAGAUUUGUGCACAGGGAACAGAUAAAGUUCUACUGAAAUUCACAAGCAGCUUUGCUCACAUGCAGUUGGCACCUUUCAUUUUCCUUUGUACUGCAGUAACUUGGGAACGCUCUGAAAAUCUUUUAUGAACUGUAGCAAGAUAAUAAUUACAUCAUGAAUGUCAAAUAAUUGCUGGGUUUGUGGGAGGGAUUUUAGGUGAGAAAUGUCUCCACUGUCUUCCAGUGUUAACAAUGUUCAGUUUGUUCUGAUGCCCCUGGGAAACAGUAAAUAAAUAAACUGCUGCUGUGGGUGUUCCUACAGCUCAUUUCUAAGGACUGUAAUCUGUUUCUAUGUGUCUGGGAAUGUCAGUUCUCUCU